CCUUCAGAAGAAAAGUUCCCAAAGCUGCCCGAUUCACCUCAGGUUACUUUAGCUCAGGAACUGACUACUAAUGUAAUUUCCUCUUGUCCUAGUACACUAUCAUCUAACAACAAAACCAUUGGGCAUUUGUUCUCUUCUGCUUCUGAUCACCCUGGAAAUCUUCGUGGUUCUUUGAUGUCGCCUGAUAUAAAUCGACCAAGAAAAUUGCCUUUCAUUCCUAAGCCACUCAAUGAUGGAAUUUCUUUCUCAUCAAGCCAGCUAUCCCCUUCAGUUACUCGAGCUAGAAAAUUGGAUGGCUAUGCUGCAGAGGAUAACGAUGUCUCCUGGAAUACAGAUGGAACUGAGAAUUUUCCUGAUAUUCCCUUGAAUAUCCAUUCCCAGAAUAGUGAAGAAACCUGUACAGGUCUGACGGCAUCAGAAGAUCAUUUUAAGAGAACUGAUUGGCAGGACUGGGCAGAUCAGUUAAUCACAGUUGAUGAUGCUCUUGAUUCAAAUUUGAGUGAUCUCCUUGUUGAUGUCAAUGUUCCAGAGCUGGAUGCCAAGCUGCUGGAGUUGCCACCCGAAGUCUCAUCGUCCCAGCCACAAAUUCAUCAGCAUCAGCAUACUCCUGUGGCAAGUGCACAAAGCUGUCCUCUAGUUAGCUCUCCCUGUGCUUCACCCACAAUCAAAACACGUAUGCGUUGGACACCAGAACUUCAUGAAGCUUUUGUGGAUGCUGUGAAUAAGCUUGGUGGUAGUGAGCGUGCUACACCAAAAGGUGUCUUGAAGCUCAUGAAUGUUGAAGGCUUGACUAUCUAUCAUGUAAAGAGCCAUUUGCAGAAAUAUAGAACUGCGAGGUACAAGCCAGAGUCGUCAGAAGGAACCUCAGAGAAGAAGUCUAAAACUGUGUCUGAGAUUACGUCCCUGGACUUGAAGACGAAGAUGGAUAUAACCGAAGCACUCAGAUUGCAGAUGGAAGUCCAAAAGCAGCUCCAUGAACAACUUGAGAUUCAAAGAAACCUGCAGUUGCGGAUCGAAGAACAAGGGAAGCACCUCCAGAUAAUGUUUGAGCAGCAGAGGAAGAUGGAGGAAGAAAAGCUAAAAGCCUCAUCGGCCAACGUAGACGAGCCUUCUCAACCGCCAACCAUCGAAAAGCAGCCUUCUGUCAGUAACGUUAAAGCAGAGUCGUCAGAGCAUGAUCACGCCAGCACUCACGAAAUUCCAAACAAGGAAGAAAUGUCGUGUGAAACGACAGCCCUUGAGGAGAGGAGCAUGGACGAUAGUGAAUCCAGUCCACCGUCCAAACGAGCCAGGGCCGACGAAACAGGGAGCUCUUCGACAACUGUUGUAACAUGA